AUGUCGCAGAAGCUCCAGAAACCAAGCUUUCUCUCCGAGUACCUGAGGUCCAUCAGGCUCUUUUCGAAGAAGUGUGUCAGGCCAUCCGGAAAAGAGCUUUCCAUGUCGAUAAAGCGCCAUGCCAUUGGAAUCGGCUUCCUCGGGAUUCUGGGAUAUGCAAUAAAGCUGAUACAUAUUCCGAUCAAUAAUAUUAUUGUGAGUAGCCCAGGCAAGGAAUAA